GUGCGCUUAGGCCUGUCAGCCAUUACCAGUCUUUGCUUAGUUCUCCUCCUGACCAAUGGAGGCGCUGUAGACACAUCGAGCAGAUUGUGUGAACCGUCAGCCAUCUGCCGCAGUCAGUUAGCUCCAGCGGGAAUGGAAAAUGGAGGACUGACUGAUAAAAGAACGCAGGCAUAUCAUCGGUAUUUCCAAAGCUUGGGUCAUUUAACCUUAUACCAAGACUCAUGGUUACUGCUCCAAAGCCUUUGUUUUGUUUGAAGAAGCACUGUUGCCCAUCACUGCUGAACUGCAGACAUUGAGUUUGAAAGUAGUGAUUGACUCCAUCAUCUAUGGAGGAGAAUGUGAACCCUGAGCUCUCUCUAGCUCCUGAGCCAGAGCAGAGCCAGGAACAUAUGGAGAGCUGCUCUCAAGGUGUUGGAGAAGGGGAUAGUGAACAGAAGGAAAAGAUUCAAACUGAAAGUGAGAAUGUGGCCAAAGAAACAGUAGAGGAGCCAGAUAAAUUGUCCAAAGCCAGCAGUGAAAUAAAGAAGACUUGGGGUUUCCGUCGGUCCACUGUAUUAAAGAGAGAAAUGCCAGUGGAGGCAGCAACCAACAGCCCUGAAAACCGCUGUCCAGUACGGCGCAGUGGUAGGCAGUCUAAACGUACUGACAAACUAGAAGAAUUCCUCUUGACAGCGAAAAGAGGGUCAAGAAAGAGCGCCCCUCCCACUUUGGAAAGUGGAGAUCCUCCUUCACAAACCCCAACUGAUGCUGAGACUGCCUCAGAGGCCAGCUUUGAUGGCAAUGCUGACACCAAGGCCAUAGAAGACAAGGUAGAGUCCCCAGAGAGGAGGACAAGAAGUGGCACCACAAGGAAGCAGACCCAAAGAAAAGCUCGAGGUGCCAGACAGACCAGAGGAAGUGGCGGAGUGACAGCGAAAGAUGAGGGAAGCUCUGAGAAUGAGGAGGACAGCAGAGAUGCCCCUAAGAAAGACGAGUUGCAUCAUAACAGUGAGGAGAAAAAAGAUGCCAAGAGUGAUCCCACUCCUGAAGCGACAGGGAGCACCAAUAAAGCACAGUCUCUGUCAGAGCUGGACUCUGAGAAGAAAGAAGUUGCUGAGAAGGAUGAACUUGAAGAUACAAAUGAUAAAGUGGAAACAGAGAAGGAGACUGAUGAAGACACUGCAGACAAGUGUGCGGCAAUGCAGGUAAAACGUGGACCAAUAAGAACUUAUGUCAAUAAAAAGAAGGCAGCCAAUAAGAACACUGCUCCUGCUAACAAGAGUGAUACUCAUGUCAAGAGGGAAGCUAAGCCCAAAGUGACCCAAACUGCUGUAAAGAUUCGCACGCCCCAAAAGGAAGAGGACAACGAUGAUGAGAAUGGCUCUUCAGCAUCUUCGUCAUCUUCUUCUGUUGAGUCUGAUGAUGGAGGAUAUGACCCCAAUGCACUUUACUGCAUCUGUCGUCAGAAACACAACAAAAGGUUCAUGAUCUGCUGUGACCGCUGUGAGGAGUGGUUCCAUGGAGACUGUGUGGGCAUCACUGAGGCCCGUGGGCGCUUGAUGGAGAGGAACGGUGAGGACUAUAUCUGCCCGAACUGCACUGCUAAGAAAAACCAGGUGGUUAGGCCUGCCACAUCUGUCCUUUCUACAAGUACAGAGACUGGGAAGCCCAAAGCUGAGGUUGCUUCUCUGUCUUCUACUGUCACCACCUCUUUAACUGUUGAGAGAGCGACUAUCAGCGGAGCAGACACCCGUCCAUCAAUUGUUCAGCCAGCAGCUGCAACUCUGUCUUUCACUUCUACUGGAACUGAAGAGAAAGGAGCAGAGGACCUGGGCAUUAAAGGCAGGAUAGAGAAAGCCACUAAUCCAACUGGAAAGAAGAAGAUAAAGAUAUUUCAGCCGGCAAUACAGCAGCCAGAUGAACCAAAAGCAGAUCAGAAGGCCGCACCGACUGUGGACAAGGCUGCAGCGCCCACAGCAGAGCACAGAGCGCUAGAAGAUACAGAGCAGAAAGUGGCAUCAAACGUGGAGGUGAAAACCACGCCACCAGUGGGGAUACCAGAUGAGAAGGCUGGGGCAAGGGCUGAGGAGGCAUCUUCCCUUCCCAAAUGUAUCGGGCCUGGCUGUGAUAAUAACGCCCAGCCAGAUUCUGUAUACUGUGGAAACGACUGUAUCCUGAGGCAUGCUGCUGCAGCCAUGAAGUCCAUCACUGAUGUCAAAGAGCCCAAGCAGAAGGACAAGGACAAGGCUAAGGCUCAGAAAACCAAGUCGACACCAAAGGGGAGCACCGCUGGUGGGGGGAGGAUGCGGAAGAGGAGCCAGGAGGAGUCUGAUAGCGAGGAACACAGUCCUGAUCCAGAUGAGGACGAUGAAGACGAGCACGCUGAGGAACAACCGCCCCCGCCGGCCACUGCAUCCUGGUCCAGCGACCAUAAUUACAUUGCAGUAACACCAGAAAAGACUACACCCAUAUCACCAACAGUGUUAAACAAAAAGUCCCCUCCCAAAGAAGAGAAGCAGAGUGAGAAGGAGCACAAAGAGAAGGAAGCAGCCCCGGCUCCUGAGAAACCUUCCUUAGCAUCUGCAACACCGGUCAAAGGAAACAAGAAAUGCCCAACCACUAAAGUAGCCAAGGUUUCCCCAAAGCGCAAGAAGUCUUCCCCUCAAAAUACCACCUCAAAAGCAUCCAAGAAAACUGUGACAACUCCAAGCAAAACUGCAGCAAAGUCUAAGAAACCAAGUACUCCACCUGCCCGUCCCCCGGUUCCCUUCCCUCCAGGUCCAAUCCAUGUCACAGGAGCAUUGAGAGUCACCAAAUCAAACUUCACCAUUCCUAAGAAGCAACCACAACAGAAGGACUCUCCAUCCCACAGUCAGUCCUCUUCAUCCUCCAGAGUCCCAUCAUCUCCAGUUUCUUCACCUCCCCCCAGCCACUCCUCAUCCUCCAGACCCCCACAUCCAGCUGCUUCAGCACCUCCUGUGUCCCCCAUGCCGCCUCCGCCAAACAACCAGAUGAGACAGAACAUCCGCCGCUCGCUCACAGACAUCCUCUAUAAGAGGGUGACUGACAGUGAUGAUCUGAAAAUGACUGAGGGUGAGGUGGGAAGGCUGGCAUAUGCCAUUGAGAAGGAAAUGUUCAACCUCUGCCUUAGCACUGACAGCAAGUACAAGAACAAAUACAGGUCCCUCAUGUUCAACCUGAAGGACCCUAAAAACAAAGGCUUGUUCUACAGGGUGGUGGGCGGUGAGGUUAGUCCCUUCAGACUGGUGAGACUGAGUGCUGAAGAGCUGCUUUCCAAAGAGAUGUCUGAAUGGAGAAAGCCUGAUGCUUCUGGGGCCCAGUCUCCCACUACAAGACUGCAUUCAGGGCAGUCCAGACUGGGCAACAGACCCGACUCUAGCUCUCAUAGCAUGGAUAUGGAGGAUGCUCCACCAACAUCUGAUGCAGAUGUAUGUAUCUCUGCCCCCACUUCCUCUACUCGCAUGGCUUCUGCUGCUGAGCAAGACGAGUCUGGCUCCACUCCUUCAGUUUCAGCACAGGCCUGUGUUGCUGAGGGGAACAGUGGCAGCAGCAUGCCAGACAUUUUCAGUAGCAUGCUCAAAGACACCACUUCAGAACACAGGACUCAUCUGUUUGACCUCAACUGUAAAAUAUGCACAGGUCAGAAGAUGGAAGAUGAGCCAGCAGCUAAGAAAGCCAAACUGAACAAGAAGCCUGAAACUAAGUCACCCAGACAAGACCUACAUUCAUCAAGGUCAGGGGAUCUCUCUCCUGUUGGCCAACCACAGGGCACAGCCUAUCAGCACCAAGACCCCUUAGUCUACCAACAUCCGGCCCCUUCAUUGUACCAGUCCAACAUGGAAGCAGCUCUCUCUGAAUCACAGCCACAGCUUUACCAAGAGGAACCCAGUAUGAUAGCACCUCCAGCCCAGGCCUCCACAGCUGUUGCCCCCACUGUUUCCUCUGUGACCAUCACCCGCAGGGACCCACGCAUGGCUAGACACAGCUCUGUUGUGAAUGUCACCUAUACAGCUCCAGAAAAGCCCUCCAACAGCUCAGCAGAACCACUCCCAUCUCCUGUUAGUCCUCUGGUGGAACUUGGACCCAAGCCACCACUGCCAAUGCCCCCAGCACCACCACCUUCAGUGGCUGUUUCCAAAUCAGUUAAAACAAGUACAUCUGAGCCUCCUCCUGAGGGUGAGACCGCAAUCUUCCUCCAUGGUCAAGAAAAGAUUUGGAAAGGAUUUAUCAACAUGCAGUCAGUGGCUAAGUUUGUGACCAAGGCUUAUCUGGUCUCGGGAUCCUUUGAACACCUGAAGGAGGAUUUGCCAGACACCAUUCAUAUUGGGGGACGGAUAUCUCCAAACACAGUGUGGGACUAUGUUGGGAAGCUGAGAACAUCACUCUCCAAGGAGCUGUGUCUGAUCCGUUUCCACCCAGCCACAGAGGAAGAGGAGGUGGCAUAUGUCUCUCUCUUCUCUUACUUUAGCAGCAGGAAACGCUUCGGCGUGGUGGCCAACAACAACCGCCGCAUCAGAGACCUUUAUCUCAUCCCACUAGGCUCAAAGGACCCUUUACCCUCCAAAUUAUUACCAUUUGAUGGGCCAGGACUCGAACCAGCUCGUCCCAACCUCCUCUUGGGGCUGCUGAUCUGCCAGAAAGACAGAAAGCGUGCUGGGCCUCCAUUAGAAACUGAGGAGAAACGAUCCAAGACUCAAACCAAAGAUCCUGAUGACACUGGCCUUCCAAAGCCCUCUCCUUCAGUUAGAGCAGAGAGGAGUGCACAGCAGAGUCUGGAAAUUCCCUUAAGCACAACUCCUCCAGGAUCACCUCCAUACAGCUUCUCUGAGACCUCAAGCAGCAAUGUGACAGCCUCCUCAGUCCUUUCCCUUUUGUCCUCUGUCAAAGCUCCAGCGACAUCCACUGUCACAGGCAAGGACUCUCCAUCCUCAUCCAGCUCUGUUGCUUCUUCUGCAGCAGCUGCCACUCCUCUUCAGACCAUCCUCAAUACUCUUUUUAGGAAGAAAAAGCAUGACUCAGAUGCUUCUAACUCUCCAUCUGAUCAGGGAGGGGAACUCUCUAUCCCACCCUGUACAAUGUUAGACCCCAUUGUGCAGAAGUUUGCACAGACUUCUAAAGAGAAACCGGUGGAGGAGGAUGAAGAUGACCGACCAUAUGACCCGGAAGAAGAGUAUGACCCUAGCAGAGGCUACAGUGUGCCUAAGAAGCCCGUUGAGGUUGUAAGCAAACCUGAGCCAACCAAGCAGUUUGAGGUGGUAGUGAGUGAAGCUGAUGAUGUUGCAUAUGACCCAGAGGAUGACUCUAUCUUUGAAGAAGUUAAAACUUUAGUACCGGGUCAAGCUAAGCCUGCAUCCAAAUGUGUAACUGGUCCACAAAAGGUCCAGGAGAUCCUUAAACAGACUGGUGAUCAAUCAUUCCAGAAACAAGGAGAACAGCAAAUUUCUUCCACAGGAACACCUGAUGCCUCACUGACACUUCCAGACACGCUCUUAACUGAACCGACAAAAUCCCUUUUGGCCAGUAGUCAGCUUCUGCAACUUGGCAAAAAGGUUGAGGAACUUGUGAAGUCUUCAUCAGUUGCUCCCUUGAUCAAUCUGAGCAGAGAUCCCAGACAGAGCAGAGAUCCUCGCCAGCCUGCAAUCGACAGGAACCUGACAGAUGAACCCAAAGUGAAAGAGGAGACACCUCCUGUGUUGGCAGACUCUACUCCCCCCGCACAGCCUGUGGUUCAAAAGAGACAGCUGCCUGAUGUUGCUGAACUCCCAGAGCUCUCACAAACCCCGGAGACAUCACUGUCUCAAGAAGAAAUAAAAAGUGAGGCACUACCUUUCGUAGAGUCAGACAAGGUGGAAGUGUCAAUUCCUUUAUUAGGAGAGGAGGUGGAACCUGAUACUGAGGUGAACUACAUGGAUGAGAAAAAAGUGAAAAAUGAGAAAGCUGAGCCCAUCAAAAUAGACACAGAGAUGGACAAGUACAAUAUUUGGCCAAACGCUGCCAGUAUUUUAAAAGCUGGUGAGGAUUCAGAGUAUGAGGAGAAUAGCCAAGAUACACCAACUACAAGUUAUUAUAAUGAGCCUGAAAACACCUCCACAAUCACAUCCACAAUCCCAGUACUCACUCAGUGCACAACAAUGGUUGACACUCAGUCCCAUCACAUGCCGCAUCACAUGUCAGUGCCAGGUUUUGACAGCAAGUACAGACCUCCAGCUGACAUUCCUCCACCAUCCAACUUCCCCCCACCUCAUCCAAUACAGGGACAAAACAUGAGGCCUCCACCAAUGUCUAUACCACCGCCCAUGCAAGGACUUCCCCCCAUAUCAGGACCCCCUCCCAUUCAGGGACCUCCCCCACCCAUCCACGUUCCUCCGCCUGUACGUGGUCCUCCCCCCAUGCAAGCUGACAUCAAUCAGCAGUAUGGCCCACCUCCAGCUUCAUACCCACCCUAUCAGAACCAAUGGACAGGCCAGCCACCGCAGCUGCAGCAGCAUCUUCCUGGACCACCGCCACAGAAUAUCUUGCCGCCCAGAGGACCACCACCACCACCAUUCCCCCCCAUGGCCCAGAGAGGCCCUCCUCCUCAAAUGUUUGAUCCCUCCAUUCCCCCACAGCACAUUGGUCAACAAGGCCCUCCUCCAGGUCUUCCCCCACCCUCUGCUUUUGAUGGACAGAACAGCUUACCUCCACCCAGAUUCACUGGUCCUCCACCACCUUUUAAUUUCUCUGCAAACAGAGGUCCUCCUCCACCUUUCACAGGGCCACCUCCUGGUCACUUUGAUAACAGGCUUCCCCCUCUGUCCCACUUUCCAGGACCUAGGGGUCCCCCACCAUCUCAGUACAGUGACCUUGGGGCCCAACCCUCAAUAGUAGACCAGCCUCGAGGCCCUGUGGAACAGUAUAACAAAGACACCACUGCUAACUCUUUCAGUCUAAAUGUGGAUCAGAAUCCAAACUCUGUCCAUAUUUUUAAAGACAAUCAAGGUCCUCUGCCAGGUCCAGGAUACCGUGGGCCUCCACUUACCCAGUAUGAGGACAAAAGAGGCCCACCUUCAAGUGGGGAGCCAACUGGGCAACACUUCAAUCCACAUCACCAGUAUGGGGGCUCCAGACCACACUCCUCACCUCCACAUCGAGGAUCUUUUGAGGAGCAUCGAGGUCCUCUCCCCCAGGAGAGUAGGCCGCUCCCUUCUCUGCCGUUUGCAGGAUCAGAGCGAUACUGCUUCGAUAGGCACUCAGAUGAGCCUAGACCUGUUCGGCACAGUGGGCCACUCCUGCCAACUCCUCCAGAGGGUCCCAUAGGUCCUCCAAUUCACAUGGGAGGCCACAGUCCAGAUAUGCACAGGGAUGACCACUGGCGCCGCCUCUCUCCUGAAAUAAGGAGGAGAAGCAGUACCACCCGUGAGGAGUCAGAACCUCACAGUGGAGAUCGCAUCAGUCGCUUUGAAGGAGGGCACCGAGAACCUGCUUCUGGUCCCCUGCAACCAUCUGAAGACAAACAGAGGGAGCUGUCUGAGGAUCGCAGGAGGGAAAGGGAGAGGGACGUCCCCCACACUGUCAGGCCUUCAUGGGACAGGGGACAAGGGAAGCAUUGGAGCCGAGAGCGAGAGUGGGACAGAGGCAGAGAAAGGGACCGGGAUCGAGAGCGUAGUCGAGAAAGAGACCGCAGCAGAGGGAGAGAAGGUGAGAGGCACAGGGAGACGGAGGGAGAGCGACACAGGGAUCCAGAGACGGACAAGAGGAGAGACCGGGAGAGAGACAGGGAAAAAGAGAGGGACUACGACCGUGACAGAGUGAGAAACCGUGACCGAGAACGUGACCGAGAACGUGACCGAGAGCGUGACCGUGACCGUGACCGUGACCGUGACACUGUUUAUGACAGGAGACGGGACAGAUCUAGAAGCAGAGAGCGAGACCGGGAUCGGGAACGUGGGAAAGACCGAGGCAGGGACAGGGACAGAGAGAGGGAUAGAGAGAGGGAGAGGGAUAGGGAUAGGGACCGGGACAAAGACAGAGGUCGCCGAGACAGGAGCAGAAGCAGGGAAAAGAGAGAGGAGAAAAAGGACAGUAAACAGUCCAAGGAGAGUGAUAAAACUACAGAAAAUGACAAAACAACGUCCUAGUCUCCAUUUCAUGGACUGCAUUAGUUUUGAGAGUCUUAAAUCUUUCAGCAGUUGAAAUCAGUGUAAAUGUUAAUGAGCAGUAUUUUGUUAAAUUUCCAGUUUUGUUCCUACUAGAAAAAUACAUUUGACAUUUGUAUUCUUUGUCACUUCGAGGUUUGUUUGUUUAAUCACUUCUGGAAAAAAACAGCUAAAGGGCCAUGUAAGUUGCUUGUGUACAGUGUGUUAAGAAGCCUGCAGUUCUGUCAGAGCAUUGUUUUAAAAAAGACAACAAACCUGUUCCAGACUAACACACCAUUUGCGAUAUGUAAAUAUGAAUGUAUUUGUGUAUAUACUGAUGUUUUUAACCAUACUUUUCUAAGUAGAGAAAAUAAAAGCCAUAUAUCUGAGAUGGAUAAUGUGAAAGGAAACGCUGUUGACACACAACUGGGUGUUUACAUGUCUAACAGCUUUGAACUAUAAGGCCCCAACAGUCUACAGUAUACACCCUAUCAGUGGUUGUUAAUGGAAUGUCCUGAGUUUGUUUCGGCUCAACUAAUUAAACCAGUCUGAUGACA